GCGAGGAGUGAGGGCUUCGGAUCUAUCGACCGCUUUACUGCCAAGAUGGUCAACGUACCUAAAACCCGAAGGACUUUCUGUAAGAAGUGCGGCAAGCAUCAGCCUCACAAAGUGACCCAGUACAAGAAGGGCAAGGAUUCCCUGUAUGCCCAAGGAAAGAGGCGCUACGAUCGGAAGCAAAGUGGCUACGGAGGGCAAACGAAACCUAUUUUCCGGAAGAAGGCUAAAACGACCAAGAAGAUUGUGCUCAGGCUGGAGUGUGUGGAACCUAACUGCAGAUCGAAGAGGAUGCUGGCCAUUAAGAGAUGCAAGCAUUUUGAACUAGGAGGAGACAAGAAGAGGAAGGGCCAAGUGAUCCAGUUCUAAACUUUGUGUUUAAGGCAAAA